GCAUUGUGCAUGAUGCAUUUGUGAAUUUAUGUUUUCAAAGAAACAUUGCACAGACGCACUUGUUUGUGUACUUAUAAAAGUUAACAGAACGUGGACUUAAAGAAAGUGUAACUACAAACAGCAGUAUACCAUGGCAGGAAUGACAGAACCAGAUGAUUUGAGAGGCUCAAGCAGUGAUGAAGAAGAGCCGAUGUCUGGUCAUCAAAUGUUUGAUGAAGAUCUGCAGCGUAAGGUGAUGCUGCAGCAGCAGUUGCUGGAGGUUGAACAGCGCCAGCAGGAAGCGAGGGCCUUACAGGUGUCUCUGCCACCGACAGUCCAGCAGACCCUGCCGGCGGGCGGAGUGCAGCCACCGAGCUCGAUGCCAAUGCAUCCAGCCGCACCUGGUCCUCUGGGUAUUCCACCUGCUGGAGUGCAGCCAUCAGUGACCAUGUCCAUGCACCAGCCUGGAUCAGGCCCUGUUAGUAUGACAGAAGCUGCUCCUGCACAGCCACCAACAAUUCAGCAACAAGUGCCGGACCAUCCCAGAGAGGACAUGAGUCCUGAACUGUUGCACAAGGUCAUGCAACAGCAACAGUUGUUGGAGAUGGAGAAGAUCCGAGAACAACAGCAACAACAACAGCAGCAACAACAACAACAGAUAAUACAACACACACAGAUUGUUCUGAUCGAUGCCCAGCAGACCAGUCAGCAGCAGCAGCAGGUUGCAGCACCACCUGGGUCAGCUUCAGGAGCCAUACCACCACCCCAGCCCGUGGCAACACCGCAGGCUGUACCCACGGGCAUGGCAGGUCCCCCCACUUCAGCCCCUGGACGAGUUCAGCCAACAGGUAUCGUCCAGUCGCAAGGAAUGAUGCCUCCUCCCCCUCACAUGGCACCACCUGGGAUGCAGCAGGGGUUGAGACCGCCUCAGCCAAGUCCACCGCAAGGGCAGAGGAUUACACAACCAAUGAUGACUGAUGCAGGCAAUCCACCACAUGGGGAGCACAGAAUGCCUCAACAGGGUGACAGGGUGAUGAUGGGUGACCACAUAAGACAACAGCAUGGUGACAGAAUGGGACCCCCACAGCAUGGUGACAGAAUGGGACCUCCAUCACCUCUUGAAGAAAGAAUGGCACCUCCCUCGCUAGGGGAAAGAAUGGGGCAGCCAUCAUUAGGCGAAAGAAUGGGGCAACCGCCACUUGGAGAAAGAAUGGGGCAACCGCCACUUGGAGAAAGAAUGGGGCAACCGCCACUUGGAGAAAGAAUGGGGCAACCGCCACUUGGAGAAAGAAUGGGGCCUCCACAUCCAGAAAGAAUGGGACCUCCACAUCCAGAAAGAAUGGGGCCUCCAUCACUGGUGGAAAGAAUGGGGCCUCCGCUUGGAGAAAGAAUGGGGCCUUCACAUGGUGACCAAAUGGGACCUCCACAUGGGGAAAGGAUGGGGCCUCCACCACAUGGAGAAAGGAUGGGGCCACAACUUGGAGAAAGGAUGGGGCCACAACUUGGAGAAAGGAUGGGGCCUCCACAUGGAGAAAGGAUGGGGCCCCCACCUGGAGAAAGGAUGGGGCCCCCACCUGGAGAAAGGAUGGGGCCACAACUUGGAGAAAGGAUGGGGCCACAACUUGGAGAAAGGAUGGGACCUCCACAUGGAGAAAGGAUGGGGCCACAACUUGGAGAAAGAAUGGGGCCACCUCCACAUGGGGACAGAAUGGGACCUCCACCUCAUGGGGAUAGAAUGGUACCUCCAUCUCAUGGGGACAGAAUGGGACCUAUGCCUCAUGGGGACCGAAUGGGACCUCCAACUCAUGGGGACAGAAUGGGACCCCCACCUCAUGGGGACCGAAUAGGACCCCCGCCUCAUGGUGAAAGAAUGGCAGCACCUGCACCACACGGUGAGAGGAUGACACCUAGCUCUCACAGUGAGAAAAUGGGUCCACCUCCACAUGGUGAACGUUCUGGACCACCAUCUGAUAGGAAAAUGCCCCAGCAGGAAGGACCGAAAGAAUUCCGGCUGCCAUCUGCCCUGGAGAAGGUUCUUGAGUUCAAGAGUGUGCGAGCCCAGGAGGUGGGAGUCAGUCCAGAGGAGUUAGAAAGAUUAGAGAAAGGAGAUGAUAUAGUAGCAGAAAAAGAAAAGUCUACUGAAGAAGAGAAAGAAGAAGAAGAAGAAGAAGAAGAGGCAGUCAUAGAAGUUAUGGAGGAUGAAGAGGAAGUUCCAAAGCCUACAAAGGCAUCAAAAGAAUCUAAAAACAAGAAGAGGAAGAAAAAGAAGAAGAAGGCAAAGAGAAGUCGUGUUCAGGAGCAGAAAUUGAUGAGGAAAACAACGGAAGACGCUGCUGCCAAAGAAGAAGAAGAGGAAGUUCAGAUAGAAUAUGUUCAGGAACAACUGGAUCUAGAACCCACAGACCCCAGUUAUCACACCUUCGCUAAGAUUUUUGAAGCUUUUAAGAUUUCUGAGCCUGAAAAGCCAAGAGAUGUGGCAAAAGCUGAACAGAAAAAACUAGAGGAAGAGAUUAAAAGGGCCCAAGAAGCCAAGCUAAAGGAAGCAGAGAAAAAUGAUGAUGAUGACGACGACGAUGAUGAUGAUGACAUGUUACAUGAUGAUGAUGUUCCCAAAAUUUCAAAGAAAAAAUUGAAGAAGCUUACUCGUCUUAGUGUUGCCCAGCUUAAACAGUUGGUCACCCGGCCUGAUGUGGUGGAGAUGCAUGACGUGACGGCACGAGAUCCUCGACUCUUGGUACAGCUGAAGGCCACAAGGAACACAGUGCCUGUCCCUCGCCACUGGUGCUAUAAGAGGAAGUACCUGCAGGGAAAGCGCGGUAUUGAGAAACAGCCGUUUGAGUUGCCCGAUUUCAUCAAGGCCACUGGAAUUGAAGAGAUGAGAGCGGCUCUUGCCGAGAAGGAAGACCAGAAGACACUUAAGGCUAAGAUGAGAGAGCGUGUCCGACCCAAGAUGGGAAAAAUAGAUAUCGACUACCAGAAACUGCAUGAUGCUUUCUUCAGACAUCAAGUGAAGCCUAAAAUGACCAUUCAUGGAGACCUGUAUUAUGAGGGUAAAGAAUUUGAAACGCGUCUGAAGGAGAAGAAACCUGGUAAUUUAACUGAUGACUUGAGGAUAGCACUUGGUAUGCCUAUAGGCCAGUCGGCGGAAAAAGUUCCACCUCCUUGGUUGAUAGCCAUGCAGCGGUAUGGUCCACCGCCAUCCUACCCUAACUUGAAGGUUCCAGGGCUGAAUGCUCCUAUUCCAGAGUCAUGUUCUUUUGGUUACCAUGCUGGAGGUUGGGGCAAACCACCUGUGGACGAGCAUGGUAAACCUCUGUAUGGUGAUGUUUUUGGCACACAGAGUGGAGACUUCACGACUCCGGUGGAGGAGGAGGAAGUUGACAAGACACAGUGGGGAGAACUCGAGUCAGAGUCCGAGUCUGAGGAGGAAUCGGAGGAGUCAUCGGAGGAAGACGAUGACACGGGGCUCAUCACACCAGCAGAAGGGUUGGUAACACCAAGUGGUUUAACAUCUGUUCCGAUUGGUGUUGAGACACCUGAAAUGAUAGAAUUGCGUAAACGACAGAUAGAAGAUGCGAUGGACCAAGGUGGUGAUACCCCAGCUCUUUUCACAGUGCUACCGGAAAAGAAGGCUGCAGUGGGUGGUGCCAUGAUGGGAUCAGCUCACGUUUACGACUUGGGAGUGGUUCCUGGAAAAAAGCCUGGAGACAAGUUACCAGCAGAGGGUAUUGAGGUGUCCUUGAACCCCGAAGAGCUUGACCUUGACACUGCAGCGAUGCAGGCAAAGUAUGAGCAGACGGUGAGAGAGCAGCAGUCGCAGCUGGAGAAGGAGGAUCUCAGCGACAUGGUGGCCGAGCACGCUGCCAAGCAGAAGAAGAGAAAGAAGCAGCAACAAGACAGUGGAAAAUCUGCAAAGAAGUACAAGGAAUUCAAAUUUUGACAUUUCCCCGGCAUAUUUUGUGUUUUUAUACGUGCAUCGUUCGGCUGCAAGUUGGAUGUUUAUGAUUAAAAUCAUUCACUGAACACUGUACUCGAGUGCAAUCAUAAAAUUAUUGAAAUGUUUACAAUUUAUGGAUGCACAUAUUGGUAGAAUUAUGGACAUGAAUUUUCUUUGUAACAUUGAAAAUAAAAUGUUGUAAAUGUA